GUUGAUUGGUCGGCGUUGUACACUGCUUGUACAACAGCCUGCCGACGGUCAACGGUAUAGUGACGUGGAUAAUGACUAGCGACGUCUGCUAAACUUUAUAAAGUAUGAAGACGUCGCACGCCUAAUGGCUGGAAUGCUUCCUGGUUAAUAGUGGCCGGAGGACCUGAUGACUAACAUAAUGUUUUUUUUAAUGUCGACUCGUUUUUUUUGUAGCCACUAAUACAAAGGCACAUUGCGAUUAGCCCGAGCUGAUGUACCGAGGGCAACCUGUAAAUGGCUCCUGCAGGGAAGUUGAUCAAGUCAAAUGUUUGUUUACCACAGGAUUCAGAGUACGAAACUGGUUGAACGGAACGAAACCGGCGGGGUCGAUGCUUAAUCCAUAGAAACCGUCGCCGAUUAGUUUGUUAGCUUGUUAUCAUUAGCCGCUCAGAGACGCCAGGUAUAUCAGCAUUGCCAACUGUCAAGAUGGGCUCCAUGCUGCGGGGUGAGGAGAUGUGCCUGGCCCAACUCUUUCUGCAGUCCGGAUCAGCAUACGACUGCAUCGCUGAACUUGGAGAACUGGGCAUUGUGGAGUUCAGAGACCUCAAUCCCAGCGUUAAUGCAUUUCAGCGAAAAUAUGUCAAUGAGAUCAAAAGAUGUGAAGAGAUGGAGAGAAUCCUUGGCUAUCUAUUGAGGGAAAUCAAGAAAGCUGACAUUUCAUUGCCAGAAGGAAACGUGAACCCAGUUGCUCCUUUACCUAAACAUGUGAUGGGCAUAACGGAGCAACUGCAGAGGCUAGAAGUGGAGUUAGGUGAGGUCAUGAGGAAUAAGGAGCGAUUGCAGAAGAAUCUUUUGGAGCUCAUAGAGUACACACACAUGCUGCGCAUCACUCGCAAUUUUGGGCAAAGAACCGCUGAGAUAGAGCCGCUGCAAGUCACAUAUGAAGAGUUUCCUUUCCUAGCAAAAGACACAACGAUGGACUACAACAGCAUGCAGAGGCUUGGCGCUAAACUGGGUUUUAUUUCUGGACUCAUCCAGAGGGCGAAGAUUGAGGCCUUUGAACGGAUGCUGUGGCGGGUGUGCAAAGGCUACACGAUUCUCAGCUAUGCUGAAGUGGAGGAGUAUCUUGAAGAUCCUGACAGUGGUGAACUCACUAAAAGUGUUGUGUUCUUGAUCUCCUACUGGGGAGAGCAGAUUGGGCAGAAAGUGAGGAAGAUCUGUGACUGCUACCACUGUCACGUGUAUCCAUAUCCGAGUAGCAACGAGGAGAGGACUGACGUUGUGCAAGGAUUAAGUACUCGCAUCCAGGACCUGCACACUGUACUUCGUAGAACUGAGGAAUAUCUGAAGCAGGUCCUGAUGAAUGCCUCAGAAUCAGUCUACACCUGGGUCAUACAGGUCAAGAAGAUGAAAGCUAUCUACUACAUACUCAACCAGUGUAGUUUUGAUGUCACCAACAAGUGUCUAAUCGCUGAGGUCUGGUGUCCUGUCAACGAGCUUCCAACCCUGAGAAGAGCACUGGAAGAUGGCUCGAAGAAAAGUGGAUCCACAGUUCCUUCCUUUGUUAAUCGUAUCCCUACUAGCGACACUCCACCCACACUGAUGAGGUCCAACAAAUUUACUGCUGGCUUCCAAAACAUUGUUGAUGCAUAUGGAGUGGGCACGUACCGAGAAGUCAACCCUGCUCCUUUCACAAUAAUUACAUUCCCAUUCCUGUUUGCUGUGAUGUUUGGAGACCUGGGUCACGGCCUUCUUAUGGCUUCUUUUGCUUUCUGGAUGGUGUUAUAUGAGAACAAUAGCAAGCUUAAGAAUACCAGAAAUGAAAUCUGGAACACAUUUUUUGAGGGUCGUUACAUCAUCCUCAUGAUGGGCCUUUUCUCGGUUUACACUGGCCUCAUAUACAAUGACUGUUUCUCCAAGUCCAUUAAUAUCUUUGGUUCUGGAUGGAGCGUGAAAGCCAUGUUCACAGCUAAACAAUGGACGGCAGAGGAUCUCAACAGGAAUAGUUUUCUUACUCUGGAUCCAAAUGUUACUGGAGUUUUCAAUGGGCCAUACCCUUUCGGAAUCGACCCUAUCUGGAAUUUGGCAUCCAACCGGCUUACGUUUCUCAACUCCUAUAAGAUGAAAAUGUCUGUGAUAUUGGGCAUCAUUCACAUGAGCUUUGGGGUGAUCCUUAGCACUUUUAAUCACUUGCACUUUAGAAGGAGGCACAACCUCUACUUGGUCUUCCUCCCCGAACUCCUCUUCCUGCUCUGUCUAUUUGGCUACCUGGUGUUAAUGAUACUCUACAAGUGGCUCUUUUUCUCUGCCAAGAACUCCAGACACGCUCCAAGCAUCCUCAUUCACUUCAUCAACAUGUUCCUCAUGCAAGGGGAUGCCGUGCAGCCCCUCUACCCUGGACAGAGCGGCCUUCAGAUGUUUCUUGUGGUCAUCGCUGUGUUGUCAGUACCUGUCUUACUCCUAGGGAAACCACUCUACCUCUAUUGGCUUCACAACGGAAGCCAUCGAUUAAGAAUGUACAGGGGCUAUGAGCGUGUGCGUCAUAGCAGUGAAGAGGAACUGUUCUUGUUGCGAGCUCAUGACAUGGAGGAGGGCAGCAGUCAUGACGAGCUCUCCUCUAGCGGAGAGCAGCACACAGAGGAGUUUGAUUUUGCUGACGAGUUCCUGCAUCAAGCCAUCCACACUAUAGAGUACUGCCUGGGGUGCGUUUCCAAUACAGCCUCUUACCUCAGGCUCUGGGCUCUGAGUCUGGCACAUGCUCAGCUAUCUGAGGUGCUGUGGGCCAUGGUGAUGAGAGUUGGACUAAGAAUGGAAACAACUCUGGGGGUUUUAUUCUUGGUGCCAGUUUUUGGCCUGUUUGCUGUUCUCACUGUUUCCAUCCUGCUGGUGAUGGAGGGUCUGUCUGCUUUCCUCCAUGCCCUUCGGCUGCACUGGGUGGAGUUUCAGAAUAAAUUCUACAGUGGGACGGGUGUCAAGUUUUGCCCUUUUUCUUUCUCUCUACUACCCUCCAGCUUUGAACAGGAAGGUAUACUGUGAAGGACUUUUUCUUGGUUGGUUAACAAGUCUUGAAUGUGAUCGAUUAGUCCAGUGAUUUCAUGAACUUAUUUGGAAUGUUUUAACCCUUUUUCAAAUGUUGUCUACUUGUAAAAGGAUCACCACACCAUCAGGUAUUUGCAAGAACAUUGUCAGUAUGAAAUGUGCACAAGCUCCUUUAAUGGUAUUCUAUUGAUAUACUGUCUAUACCAGGGAUAUUCAACUGGGGGCCAAAUCCGACGCGAGAAUGACACCAUUCCAGCUCCCAGUUCAGUUCAAAACUUGGGAGACAAACAUUUUUGCAACAAAUUUCUAAAAACACUAGGGUGCUCCUGAAAAUGCUCCUGUGCACUGUAAACUCAUUGGCAGAUCCUUGCAUUUACAUUUUAACUUUGCCAAACUUGCGAUUAACAUAACUGAGGCGUUCCUCAAUGCGCUCCUUUUUGUCCCCCGUAAUGUGAUUUAUGUAACUAAGGUGUCACUUCAGCUUGUUUUAUUUCAGAUGCAGUCAGUAGUCAUUUGUUCAACUUCUCUCGUAGUGGUGUUCCAUUUUAGGCCCUCUCAUUUUUAUCAUUUGGGCUGUUCAACUGUUGGCCCACAAGUUCAUUUAAAAAAAACUUGUGAGAGACUCUCAUUUUUGCAGCCGAUUCUUAACAUAGUCAUAGAGAUGAACUUUGACAGGCUUUUUCUUUUUUCAAAAAAGGUCGUUAGAAACCGCAGAGCGCUUCUGUAAUUGACAAAGUUAAUGGAUCAAAAGGUCCACUGUAAAGGACACUGGUUUUCAGGAAUAUACAAAAUAAGACUAAUAGUGAAGGGAAAAGUCUGGCCUUAAGCUUCCUGGAAAUGUGGCUCUAAAACAAUUUAAUUGAAUAUCCCCAGUCUAUUCAGUAUAUAACAGUCUUCUUUGUACCUUGAUCCGUAUGCUUCACUUUUUGUUCAGUUAAGAAUUUAAUUUAGAAAAUCAAUGUUCUUAUUAUUCUUAAUUGGUUAAUGUCAUGUGUAUGAUGAAGCACAUCUGCUGAAUGCAGAAUAGGUGAGCACAAGGAUAAAGUAAUGGGUUGCUCAUAUGAUUUGAUAUUUAUAUUUAAAAAAAAAGAUAUUCUUUUUUUUUUAACUAACACUCCUUAGCUGUAUGUAUUUAUUUGAAUUCUACGUUGUCCAUAAACAUGUAUUUCUUUUGGCCUUUUCCCAUGUUUCACUUUCGGCAGAUUAGGUUUCUGACAAAAGUCGUUUGUUGCACUGCUUGCCUUACAGAAUAAUAACACUCAUUUAGCAAUGUGUUCUUCAUUUCCAAUACCAAAACAGAAAAUGUAAUAGGUUUUUUGUAAUUUAAAGUGCUUAAAAAGGAUUGAGAUGACAUGUAAAUACUUUGACAGAAUUAUUUUUUUAAUUUAUUUUUAAAAAUCUUCAGAAUAAAAAUGAUUGUAG